UGAUCCCGACUGUUCCCCCACCCACUCACUUCCGUCAAUAAGCACGCUCCGAAAGAAGGGAGGAGGGCCUAGGAAACUACCGCGCGGGAAGCCUACGGCUUAUAUUGGCUAAUGAGGACCGAGAGGCCCGCCGGGGCGGGGCCUGGUGCGUUUGAAACCCAGGCGCAGACAACCGGAAGAUGGCUUCCGGGCCGCGGAGGCGUUGCUCGCAGUCUACGACGCUGUCCCGGAGCAAUUUUUGCAAGGGCGCCGAUACGAUUGGCGAGCCAUGCUUGACGACCUCCAUGGAGUGGGAUACACAGGUGGUGGAGGGGUCUUCGCCAAUCGGCCCCUCGGAGCUGAGGGCGGACAAGCAGCCCACCGGCCCGAGGCUGCCGCUGUGGCUGCAACCCGAGAGGUGCGCAGUGUUUCAGUGCUCGCAGUGCCGCGCCGUGCUCGGCGACUCGGUGCACCUCGCCUGGAACCUGUCGCAGACCCUCGGGGCCGUGGUCUUCUCCAAAGUCACACAAAACGUCGCUUUGGAAGACCCUUUUCUGGUUGGCAUUGAGGGUUUGCUCAAAUGCAGCACUUAUAACCGGUUAUUCUGCAGUUCCUGUGGGAUUCCCAUUGGUUUCCAUCUGUACUCCACACAUGCUGCUCUGGCUGCCCUGAGAGGUCAUUUCUGUCUUUACAGUGAUAAGAUGAGUUGCUAUCUCUUAAAAACAAAAGCCAUAGUAAACGCAUCUGAGAUGGAUAUUCACAGUGAACCUCUACUAGAAAAGAUUACAGAGCUGAAAGAGAAGAUGAUACUCAUGCACACUUGCUUAGACACGGCCAUGAAGACGCUGAGGGAGGGGACCCCUGACCAGUCCAAGCCAGAAAACUGAUCCAAAGCCCAGGCUCAUGUAUACGCUUCAAGCCUCUCUGGUACCUUCAACCACAGGGGCUGUUUGAUCUUUUUUUUCUUUUCUUUUCUUGAGACAAGGUCUUACUCUAUCCCACGCUGGCCUUGAACUCUCAAUCCUUCUGACUCACCUCCCAUGUGCCAGCAUUCCUAGCUUGUUUGGUCAUUUCUUAGAAAAAAAGAAAUAGGCUUCAAGAAUUGGGAGAGGAAAUUAAAAAUAAAAACAAA